AUGUCCCCUUAUAUUCUUCCUGGCACUCUCUUUGCCUUAGCGCUGCCUCUUUUCCUAUUAAUCAAGACAUUCUUAUCCUCUCAAUCCAGAGCAGACCAAGUCUCUGCCAGGCCUUUCAAGCCACCGAAAGGAUGGUGGACUGAUACCAAGCGGUUCAGCGUUGAACAGCGUGCCAUCUUCAGCCAGAGCUGGAUUUGUGUCAGCCAUCGCAGUCGGUUCUCAAAGGCUGGCGACUACAUCGCAUUUGAGAUUGCCGGCUUUAGACUCCUUCUGAUGCUAGGCAAGGACGACGUGGUUCGAGCAUUUCAUAACGUCUGUCGGCACCGCGCAUUUCCAGUCACUAGAAAGACUUCUGGCUCAGCAUCUAUACUUGGCUGCAAGUAUCAUGGGUGGAGUUAUAAUAAUAAAGGGGAACUUAUGAAGGCUCCCCACUUUGAAGAUGUGAUUGGUUUUGAUAAGAGCCAGAAUGGUCUUUUCCCCGUGCACACCAAGAUGGAUGAUAAAGGAUUUCUACACAUUAACUUGAACAGCAGCCCUGAAGCAGGCGAUACCAAGCUUGAGAAGGCGAAGGCUAUCGGAAGGUCAGCACCGAUUGGCCAGACCCAACAAUAUCUUGGAUCUUGGGAAGUAAAGGGGAAAUUCAACUGGAAGGUUCCUGGGAAUGCAUUCGAUCGGGAACUAUCGUCUGCCCACUAUAAAGGUUCUCUGUCGCGCUUGUUCGGCCCUUCUGUAGCGGGAAAGCUUCGAUUCAGCCCUCUCAGCACCGUUUAUUCGCAGAGGGGAAGCCCCAUCUGGUACCAGCUCAAGUAUUCUCCGGAAUCUGUUAGAAAAACCACCGUACGAUGUGACGUGUACUCAAAGUCAAAGCAAGAUAGCUCCGACUUUGAGAAACGCUUGAAGCCCGAUCUGGAAGUUGAGAUCAAUUCGAUUAUUCGGCGACAUGAAGAGCUUUAUGAGAAACUCGCAAGCUCUGCUCAUUCCCUAAAUCAUGGUGGAGAUGAGCAUGCUGCGCUGGCUGAUAUGGUGGAUAAGCACGCCGAAAGAGAAAAGCGCGAAGGAGCUGAGAUCAAGCCAGCUGCAGCGAAUCAGUGCCGAAGUAAUGGCUAUGCAAAAGCCGAAGGGAUAUGUAUGGCUUUAGAGGGGCUCGACGACUCUGGGGAUUUGGAAUGGUAG